GACGCUUUAUAAAGCUUCUCUUGGUAUUAAGAUACUUUAUUAAUUCUAAGUUCAAUUUCCUCGUGUAUAUUUUAUCAGUAUACAAUGACAUUCGUUGUAAUUUUAGUCACCAUUAUUAUUCUUGGUUCAAUCGGCAAUAUCAUCUCAAUAUUGAUAUGGAAAUAUGGCAAAACGAGCAAAACAACAAACUGUAAAACAUACAUGUGGACUUUAGCUCUCAAUGAUUUGUUUAUUCUGUUAAUGUUGGGAACUGAGUAUGCUUUUUUUACGUCAGGAUAUUAUUUACGUAAUAAACAUGAUUGGAUUUGUAAACCUGUUCUUUUCUUUGGGAUGUUUUCACCACAAGUUUCAGCGUGGAUAACGGUUAUGAUCGCAGUGGAACGAAUGCUAUACGUUUGUGUCCCUCUUAAAAUGUACAAAAGCAAUGUAAAAAGACGUUCUAUUAUUGCUAUUUGCUGUAUUAUACUGUUUUCGUUUGCUUUGAAUGUAUACGUUCUGAGUACGGCUUCAAUCAUAGUGUCCAAUGAAAAUAAAACUAACUGCUAUCUAAAUAUUAAUGAUGUUAAUAAAUUUGACUUCAAGUUGUUGGAUGCCAUAUCGUACGGUAUUUUCACAUUCCUACUGCCUUUGAUAUUGAUAACAAGCAGUAACAUUAUCACAUUGGUAGCCAUUUGUGUAUGGAAGCGAAUAUCCCAAGAAAGGACACGUCAACAAAGGAGCAUAAAAAAUAUAACAAGGAUCGUCAUAUCGAUAAGUUUACUGCACUGCAUUUCAACAUGUCCAUACGCUGCUUUCAUGUACACACUUAACAUUGCAUCGACCACGCUUUUGCAAUAUCAAAAUCUAAUUUAUAUUUGCUAUUUUUUGAACAGUGGAUUGAACUGCGCGCUUUACUGUUUGUUUGAAGAAAGUUUUCGAAAUGAUUUAAAGGAGUCUAUCACACGUUUAUUAAAUGUUUUUGGACUAAAGUAGCUUUUUACAAGAGGAGAAAUGACUUUAAAAUAUUAUCAGAUAGAACCACCAUUGUUGACAAAACAAAUAAAGCCGUAGUAAUAUGAGAGACCUAAUUAAAGGUACAUAAGGUACAUCACAUAUUACUUAAGACUGAGCUGUAAAUUUUGUUAAAUAACCGUUUCGAUUACAGAUAUUCACAUUCAUUUAAUGAAGUGUAAAAGUUCUCUUUUGGGUCAAUGAACAAAAGAAAUUGUUGGGAAAGUCUCACAAGCUUUGAUAUCUUAAAUGAUCACCGCGGAGGUAAUAUGUUUCGAAUUUGCGUACCAUUUGAAGUAUAACUUCAAAAUUACUUGUGUGUGUGUUUGUGUGUGUGUGUGUUUUUUUGUUUUGUUUUUUUUUCAAAUCGUACACCAGCUCAGUUUUUUUUUCAGAAUAAUCAUCUUGAUUGUUAAAUUGACCAAAAUAUGAAAAGCAACUAAACUUUUUUGUUUUACAUCAAAUCGUGCCAAGAAUCAUACACAAUAUUCGUACGAUUUGAAUUUAAUCAUGAGUUGUUUUUUUAUUACUAUCUUUUACACGUUUUUCAAGUUCACCAAGAAUAUACUAUUGAAGAGCAUGAUAAGCUCACACGCUUCAAUGUUACAAUGAAUUAAGGAAAAUAUCUUUGCUUCCUCAAAUAUUCAAUAGAUUAGGAAAGAGGAAUGCAACACAUAAAAAUUCUUUUACAUGCCACGAAAUCCUCAAUUAUUCAAACAUCUUGCAAUUUCAACUGUUAAAGCUGGAGCAAUGGUAAUAAGAACAAUCAAUUUUGAAAUUAAUAUUUUUAAAGCAGCAUGCCUCCAGAUUCACGCCGAUUUCAUAAAAAUUUUGAAAAUGUUUUUUAAAAGUAAAAUACUGUGAAGUGAACAAAGAAAGUAAUUUACACAUUGCAAACGGCACUUACAAUCCACGUACAUUACCAAAGGAAAUUAAAAUAUACUUAUAUACCCCUUACUGCGUUAGUAACGCAGUUGAAAGAUAGUGAUUGAUACUGCAAAAUCAAUCAUUAAUCACACAUAACAUGUACAUUGUAAAUGAUUAAUUAAAUAUUGAAUAUUUUUACUUUUUCUUAAGAUCUUAAUACAUUUUUCUAAAGAUUGAAUUCCUAGAAAUAUUUUUACUCAUCUUGAGGUGUGCAGCUUUAAAGAUCCUGUAUAUUGUAAUAAAGGAUGUAACAACAGUUAAGUAAAUCUUUAUAUAUGUAUAUAAUUAUUCUUCUUAAACAUCAAAAGAUAUGUUAAGAUGUGUACUGCAAAUUUUUAUCCGCAUUAUAUGUAUUAAUUAGAUGUAUGAAAGAUUCAAUUAUUGAUCUGAAAUGUCGCUCUAUGCGUGAUAAUCUUAUGUUUUUUGGAAUACCCGAGGGCAAAUUACAGUCAAAAGCACCGUUAACAGAUAUGGGUCAUGAAGUAGUUCGUACGGAGGUCAUAGGUGAUCAAUAUCUAGGACGUGGUGAAACCACAUCAGCAUGGGCAAACAGUGACGUAACGGAUGAGGCCAGUCAGUCAACGACAUCGUCUGCAAUACCGGAUAUGACGUCAGGUUUUAAUCAUGAAAAUUGUGAAGCCAAAAUAAUAGAUUUGUGUAGAAAUGUUCAGAAAAUUUCGGAAGUUGAUAGCAAAUACAGAUUGAAAGGGCUCAUAGAAUUGGGAAAUUUGUUCACGGCAAAGAACGUUCAAUCGUGGUUAAGCUAAAAAAACCGACUCAAAGCUUGUGAUUAAAAACGCGAUAAAACAUGUAAAAUUAAAAUACAGUAAUUAUAAUGUAGCUGAGCAGUAUCCCUUAGAAGUGAAAGAGAGAAGAAAGGCUUUUAUACCGGAAAUGAUCGAGGCCAGAAAGCAGGGCAAAAGAGCAGUAUUAGUGCGUGAUAAACUCUAUAUGAACAAUAAAUUGUUCGAUCCGCAAUCUCGUGGACUACCAAAUUUCUAGGACAGACGCGAAAAGUAUGCUUUAUCUAUUGUAUCGUGGAAUAUUGAAGGUUUAGGUAACUGUUCAAGUGAUGAAGACUUUUUGAAUUUUGUUGUAAAUUUUGAUAAUGUUUUCUUAUGUGAAACUUGGCAAAAAAUCUAUAAUGUGUACGAAAUAGAUGGGUAUGAAUGCAUUUCAGUUCCCCGACCUGAAAGCUUAAACUCAAAAAGAGGUCACGGGGUGUAUGUUUAUUUUAAAGAAGUCAUUUAAAAAGUGGUAUGACAGUAUCUGAAAUAGACAAUAGUGGUGUUAUAUGGAUUAAACUGUGUAAAUCUUUUUUCAAUUUAGAUAGUGAUGUUUACCUUUGUUGUUUAUAUAUCCCGCCCAGUAAUUCUAUAUAUUUUACCAUGCACGAAGAAGGUUUUUUUGAAUUAUUAGAAAGAGGCGUGAGAAAGUACAUUCUUUUAGAUUGGCGAUGUAAACGCUAGAUGUGGCGGUAAGAAUAAUUUUAUUCAAAAAUGUUCGCACUAUGAUAAAUUUAUUUCUGUAAUUGAUCAAAAUAGCGACGAUGAUGAUUAUCGAUUUGUUAAUAUCCCUUGUAGAUUUUUAAUGGACCCUGUUGUAAAUACAUCUGGAAAUCGAUUAUUAGAAAUAUGUCAAAGCAGUAAUUAAUAUUUAUUUUAAUAAUUGAAAUAAAAUAAAACGACUAUGAGUAACAUUUUCAUAUUUAAUUUUGUUAUAUGUAUAUGACUCAUACAUGAACGCUUCAACAAUGUUAUUGCAAACAAUAAAGCAAUAUCGCACUAAAUACAAUUCAAGGUUGGAUUGUUU